AUGGCUAAGGAAAAUCAAUCCUUGAAAACAGAGUUUAUCCUCAUAGGAUUUACAGAUCAGCCAGUGCUGAAGAUUCUUCUGUUUUUGGUGUUUGUUGCCAUUUAUUUCAUCACUAUGGUGGGGAAUCUUGGCCUGGUGGUAUUGAUUUUUAUGGAGCGUCGUCUUCACACACCAAUGUACAUCUUCUUGGGCAACCUGGCUCUGAUGGAUUCCUGUUGUUCCUGUGCCAUUACCCCUAAAAUGUUGGAGGACUUCUUUUCGAAGGACAAAAUGAUUUCCCUUUAUGAAUGCAUGGCACAGUUUUAUUUUCUCUGCUUUGCUGAAACUUCAGAUUGCUUUCUCCUGGCAGCAAUGGCCUAUGAUCGCUAUGUGGCCAUAUGCAGUCCACUGCAAUACCACACCAUGAUGUCAAAGAAACUCUGCAUUCAUAUGGCUAUAGGAAUCUUCAUAGCUAGUAAUCUGCAUUCCAUGAUCCAUGUAGGGCUUUUAUUAAGGUUAACUUUCUGCAGGUCUAAUCAAAUUGAUCACUUUUUUUGUGAUAUUCUUCCACUCUAUAGACUCUCCUGUACUGACCCUUAUAUCAAUGAACUAAUGAUCUAUAUUUUUUCAAUGCCCAUUCAAAUCUUCACCAUUGCCAUUGUCUUUGUCUCUUAUAUCUGCAUCAUUUUCACCAUUUUCAAAAUGAAGUCCAAAGAAGGGAGAGGUAAAGCUUUUUCUACCUGUGCAUCCCACUUUCUAUCUGUUUCAAUAUUUUACAUUUGUCUUCUCAUGUAUAUUCGACCAUUUGAAGAAGGGGAUAAAGAUAUACCAGUGGCAGUUUUUUAUACAAUAGUAAUUCCUUUAUUAAACCCUUUUAUUUAUAGUCUAAGAAACAAGGAGGUUCUAAGUGUUCUUAAAAAACGUAUGAAGGGGGCGCCUGGCCUAAAUUGCAAACUAGUUAACAAUGCUAUUCUUCAAGAUAAGCAGUCUCAAUUUUCAGAAACCAAAGCUGUCACUAAGGAUCAGUGGUAG